AAAUCGGUCCGCCGGCCGCGUUUAGUAGUUGUGCGUGGACAACUUUUGGUGAUCGGACGUGGUAAUUACAAACAUUUUGCGUAAGGCGCCCGCAGAGUUAUUGCGGUUCAAAUGACGCUGCCUUGGGCAGGCAUGUCAAGAAUUACGUAAUGCAGGAAUUGAAGGCUUCUCGUAUAGCGCUUUAAUAUUCUUGCUUCCUCCUUUUAACGAUGCACUGUCCUCCCAUCAUACAUCUGUUAGCCUUUGUGCUGCUAGUGACUGGAUCAGCCCAGGACAGCUGGGAAGAAACUGAGACCCCUGCCAAACACAUGGAGGCAGAUGAAGAGUCUGUCCCAGCUUUUCAUGAUGCAAUAUCAGGAGAGAAUAACACCCCUGAGCCUCCAACUCUUCGGCAGAUUCUGGAGAGAAUGCAACGAGACUCGUCUCUGACGGACGAGUACACGCCCGAGUCCGUGUGGCUGCACAGCAAGGCCGGCGACGACAUGGCCGAGCCGGCCGGCCCAGGGGGGGACGCGCCCGACUCGUCCGUCGGCUCUUCCGCGGAGGAGGACGAGGUUGGCCCGGACCGAAGGCGGCGAGACUCGUCUCUGACGGACGAGUACACGCCCGAGUCCGUGUGGCUGCACAGCAAGGCCGGCGACGACAUGGCCGAGCCGGCCGGCCCAGGGGGGGACGCGCCCGGCUCGUCCGUCGGCUCUUCCGCGGAGGAGGACGAGGUUGACCCGGACCGAAGGCGGAACGCGACGGCUAUCUUAGGCGUAGAUGUGGGAGAAAGCGUCUCUGACAACUCCACGACCAACUCCACCUCCAAAGUAUGCAACUGUAUGCCGCUGAACAGAACUCAGGAGGAGCUGACAGUUCAGAUGGUGAGCGCCGCGACGCUGUCUGACGAGCUGGUGCAGGACACGUCGGUACGCUCGCGCAGCACGCCCGCCCGCUGCCUGCUGGUGCUCUUCUAUGGUAGCACGUGUCCGUUCUCGGCGGCGGCCGCGCCGCACGUCAACGCCAUGCCGCGCGCCUUCCCCGACCUACCCGUCAUGGCCGUGGACGCGCUGGAGAAUGGCAGCUUGAACACGCGGUUCGGCAUCAUCGCCGUGCCGACCGUGAUCCUCUUCCACAACGGGCGGCCGCAGGCGCGCUUCAACCAGUCGGAGCCGACGCUGCAGCUGCUGGCCGACUUCGUGCGCGCGCAGACGCAGCUGUCGGCGGCCGUGCUGCUGAACGUAACGUCGGCCGACUUCGGCGGUCCGCUGCCGUCCGUGCCGGAGCAGCGGCUCGAUUGGUACCUGGUGGCCGCCUGGCUCUUCAUCGUCGUGUGCGCGCUGUAUGGCGGCACGCGGUUGCGACUGUGGCGCCGCGCCGCGGACACCGUCAGAAACUGGUGGAUCGAGGCGGAGCAGCACCUGCAUGAGGAGUAGUGCACGCUGAGCCAGGAUUUAU